AUGCCCUCACCAGGCCAGAAUAACUUCGCGUGGCAGCAUGCUGCAGAUGCACGCCACAGUCUUUCUGCCUGUGUGACAUACCCCGUAGGCGAAAAAGAGGGCUCCGGCAACCUGUUUGCUCCUGUACCAACUCGCCAUGUACGACCAAAGCUACCCUUGGUAGACAUUACCCACAGCUGCUCCGACAAUGUGAACGGAACCACUCAAGACAUUUCUCUAUUGCCGAAAAGCGCCCUCAAGCGCAGCUAUUCGGUCGGUUCGCUUCUUGACUACACUCGAGCCUCAAAAUGGCUACGCGAAAUGCUAUGGUAUCCCGAAACCUACACGACAAAACUCACCAGUCGUUCCACAAGAUUCCGCCCUCGAUCCCAAUCUCUGAAAAUAGACCUCGUCUGCACGAAGUCAUGGAAAAAUACUCUGAUGACGGACUUAUGCCAAGAUCAGAAGAUUACUCUCAGGUACACCGACACGUUACUUUCCAACUUCCAGCCGCCGCAAUGGGAGAGGAUGGCAACCAGUCUUUCUCGGUGCGGCCUCAUUUGCACGGCACAACGCAUCCUAAAGGUCCUCGGGGUGGCCAGCGAGCUUUUACGACACCCUACCAAACAGCGUCUGACGCAGUACCACAAGGUGGUUUUCAGUUUGGCGACGAGCAGCUUCCAGAGCGGGAUAUUGCAGGGCGACAACUGCCUGUCGACCACGUAA